AUGGAGGUUGACUAUGAGCCACUCACAGAGGGGGGGUCUAUGCACGGUCCGGAACCCCACGAAGCGGAAGCCAGCUCCAUUUCGGCAUCCAAUUCUGGAGAAAAUGCAUUCCUGCCAAAAACGAUUCAAGAGGAGUGCCUCCGGCUGUGCCGUCCCACGCGAUAUGACGGGCGCCGAGAUGUAGAGGCUUUGGGGGAGUUCCUCAAUUCCCUAGACCUAUACCUCAGCAUUCAAAAUGCCCCAGAAGAAUUCCAACUCCUCCUCGCCUCUUCCUUGUUAGAAGGGGAAGCAAGGCGAUGGUGGCAACACUUAAGCAACGGCUCCACGUUCCUGGAGCACAUCAGGUCCAUGCAGCCCUUCCGGGACGCGCUACGUUGCACGUUUAUCCCGUCGUCCGCAAGGGAGCAGGCAAUGGCGGAACUGAGAAAGCUUGAACAGGGAAAACUUUCAAUAAAGCGCUAUAUUGAGAAAUACCAGUCCUUGGUGAACCGAAGUCCUAUGGUGACCGCGGAGCUCCACUACAAUUGGUUUAUUGCGGGGCUGGAACCCGUAGUGAGGCAAACAGUGACUGGCUGGGCCACAGACAGGGAGAUGAGGGGCGAAAAAGUGGAACUCGCUGACAUGAUGGAAUACCUCCGCAGAAUUGAAAGGACACACGCCACAUCCACAGCCUUAGCUGAAAAGCAAGAAAGCGGGCCUGGGAACGAUCCCGAUUUGGAGCCAAUGGAUAUUGGAGCUUGGAAGGCGCAAAUGCGUUCCUCUGAUGGUGCCAUAGAGGUCAUUCCACCUGGAAGUGCUGAGCGAGUGCACCUCUCAGCGCUCCCAACGGCGUUCGCAUCCUCUAUGGUUCGAGGUGUGGAGACUGUGUCCGAAGAAAAGGGGAGCAACGAGGCUUCCCCACCGUGCAGAGGCACUGAAGAGAAUAACGGAGGCACCCGCGCACUCCGUCAUGAUGGUCAGGCAAAGACCGCGGUUUUGGGGGAAUCGAUCCAGUUAACACCCGAGGAACGGCAGAAGUGGGCAAAAUUGAAGGAAGAGUUCUCUGAUGUACUCAAUAACAAAGAGCUACCGGCGGGCAGGCCCCCCGCCGGACGCUCUAUGCACCGCAUCGAACUCAUCAUUGGCUGA